AUGCCGACUAUUCUCCAAAAGAUCUCGAAGGAGAAAUGGGAAGAGUACAAGCCGAUUAUCAAGCGCCUUCACAUGGAUCAGGGCCUUCCUGUGAAAAGCAGGAUUGGUAGACCAAACUUGACCCAAGUGAUGAAAGAUGACCACAAUUUUGAGGCCACCCAUAGCCAGUACGAGGCCCAGCUGAAGAGGUGGGGAUGGGUCAAGAACUUGAGCAAAGAGGAGUGGAACCUGGUUCUGCCUUUAUACCAUUGGCUGAAGGAACAGCAAAUGGAUGUUCGGGUCAAAGUCUCUGGGAGGCCCCUCGAAAAGGCUAGGCUUGAGAGGGGUCGUCGAUAUGUCAACACAAAAUUCGAUGGUGGUCUCGUCCCGCCACUAACCGGAUGGCUUUCAAUGUCGGACCACCGCCAUAUAACUAUUGAGACGCGUGAAGCGAAUAGAGAAUGGUCACAGUACCCACCAUGGGACGACACAGGAGACCUGCCAGGCACUGGCUUUAAUUCAGAUGUGAAUCUCUUAAUUGAUGAAGCCAUGUUGCAAGACAUAACGCCACAAGAGAAUGUCAUGGGAUUUGAAAACGGAACGCUUGGUCAAGCUACCCUAAAUGGUUCAGAGACAGCCGGAGCAAUUCCUGAUUCCAUGGUCAAUUCAUGGUUUCGUACCCGCGAAACGCCUGUCGACAACAUAAUCGGGCCGCAGUUUAAUGACAACUGUACAAUGACGCAGCCUUCCAACAAUUACCAGAUGUCAUCAAGAAUGGACUUGAUUUUGAAACCGCCUAGCAUUGACUUGGUUUCACAUCGCCUCGUUGAGCUUGUACAAGAGAUUGAAUCGCAGAGCGAUCUUUUUGGAAUGACUUUUGGUGCCAACAGUCUUCCCUGUGCAAUUUUAUACUCCAUAGCCAACGGGUUUACGGGGCUCUCCGAGAUUCCAGCUUCCUCGGUAGUGAAGCUGCUCAAAAACGAACCGCACGUGUACGCGACGAUGCAUAAACUUCUUCUGGAUGCCCCGGCUAUUGUUGCAAAGCCGUUCGCUGAGAAUCUACUAAAAGCAUCCGUGGAAGCUGCAGACGCGGAGGCUGUUCGAGUAAUCGCCAGAACGAUGAUGCAGAGAGGGAUUAAGAUCAACCCAAAUGAACUCAUGUGCGAAUGCGAUGGGAGGUUUCUCACCCCGGCAGAGCUUGCGGGUAAAUUUCGAAGCGUCGACCUGCUUCAAGUCCUGUUAAAAUUGGGCGCAGAUGCAAAUAAGACCUCUGACGGUCUUCUACGUCGCAUUAAUGGCGCAUUGAAUUGGGCGUUAGAUGUCAAACAUCUGAACGGGGUCAUUUUAGAAGGCGAAAUCGAACCAUCCUUUGCGCUCGUCCAAAUGCUCGUCGACGCCGGUGCCAUAGUUCAGCUCGAUUCCCUCUUGCUUUCAGUGAAAUGGUGCCGUGACUCUCGAAUUUUGGCAUUGGUUAUACAAAAGAUCACGGAUGAUGAAGAUGGCAGACUAUUGCGAUUCCUGCCGGAUUUGAUUAAAAACAUGGACAACGAUCUAGGCAUACAGGCGACACAGAAACUUUUCGAAGUCUGGGACAGCCGUCAACUUGAUUGUCUCAAUUGCGGGUACCCUAAAGACAAGGGUAUUUUUCUUCAACGGUCACUCGAUGAAGCAAUCCUUCGCGAAAACUUAGAUCUUUGCCAGCUUAUCCUCAGUCGCGCCGUCCCAGGGGCCAAAGCGCUCCCUCUGGCCAUCGGGAAAGGGAAUUGUCGAAUCGCCAGCCUUCUCAUCCAACACGGAGCACGUGUGAGCGAGGGUGCCGGUGAACCAGGGGAACAAUCAAGAGGCACGGGUGGAUUUUUCUAUCCAGACCCACUCUUCACACCCCUAGGAGAAGCCAUUCGGCUGCAGGAUCCGUCUAUGCUACAAUGGGUGGAAGAGCAAGGGGCAUGGACCUUUGUAUCGGACCGAAGAUCUCUUGAGUCCGUAGCCGAAGCUGCCGCUGAGGUCGGGAAUAUAGCUGUACUGGAGAGGUUAUUUGCCAUGGACGUCGUCCGUGACCGUGGUCCAAGCACGGAUUUCGAGCGCGCGCUAGAGGCUGCGACUCGCAAAGAGAACAUCCCGACUGUGCAGCUGUUGCUGGAUAACGGCGCCAGGCCAAAUGAAAGAAUACUGGAGCUUGCCCUUGACGUUCAAAAUCGAGACCUCUUUCGAAUGAUUCUGUGCAGCGGGGUCGUAUUUGCUUGCUGCAGCGCCAAGUGCGAUCGGAUAGAGUACGUAUAUGGAGAUUACAGCUGCGCACUGGAGCUUGCAAUUAAAUGGGGGAAUAUGGAGAUAGUCAAAGAGCUGAUUCACGCAAAAGCCCACUACAGCAUGCCGCAGCAGGGGGCGCGAGGACUUUGCGCUGCCAUCAGAUCAGGGAACGUCUUGCUGGUAGAUCUGCUGUUAUCGGCUGGUGUUAGUCCCGAUGCUGCCUACAAGUAUCGAAAAGCUCCAAGCACCAUGAUAUUUCACAGCAUAUCGCCCCUAUUCACCGCAGUGAAGAGUGGAAACGAAGGAAUGGUUCGUCAUUUACUUCAGAAAGGCGCAGAUCCAGCAGAUGCCCUCGCCAUCAGUCUCGCCGUUGAACUAGAUAAGACGUCUUUAUUCAAGACGCUGCUUACAGCCUUUCGACAGUCAUAUCCCGCUGGACGUGCGGAUUUUGGGGCCGACCCAUUAAUUAAAGCGAUAGAAAAGGAGGAGUGUCCGUAUUUUGAGGAGCUUCUUGAGGCCAGGAUGAAUGUCAACCAUUUGUCCCUAAGGUGCGGGCGUACGCCACUUGGCAGCGUCGUCGAGCGUCAUGGCACUAUGUGUCUAGAAAUUGCUGCCAAGCUGCUGAAAUCUGGGGCUGAUCCUAAUGCUAUCGCACGAAUGGAGACAAUAGAGGGACCUUAUCGCCGUGCUGCCACAACACCACCAGAGACCGCACUGCUCAUAGCGAUUGAAGCCGAAAAUGAAGACAUGGUAGCCCUGCUCUUGAAGAAUGGUGCUGAUGUUAACAAGGCAGCCCGGCGAGGUAUAGAGCGAACACCCCUACAAAGUGCCUGCCAAAAAAGAAGUCUGCCGAUUGUUCAGCUCCUAAUCGAACGCGGUGCAGACGUUAACGCCCCGCCUUCUAUCCGAAACGGAGGAACUGCUCUGCAGCUUGCUUGCUUGUCUGGCAGCAUAAGAAUCGUCCGGCAUCUAUUGUCUGUCGGUGCUAAUGUUUUUGGUCCAACCUCUAAUGCUAAUGGGCGAUCGGCCCUCGAGAAUGCGGCAGAGAACGGGCGUUUGGAUAUCAUCAAGGUUCUAUGGGAUGCAACAGGAGGCUGCGGAUUCCCAGCCAGGGAGAUAGCAAAGGCCCAGCGUUUCGCAAGGGCUAGAGGCUUCCCAGGUUGUGCAGAAUAUGUCGCCAAACUGGCAGAAGCGUCGGCAGAAGCGUCUUUGCUUGAGUUCUUAAUGACAACAAGGUCUUAA